AUGCUGGUAGACGAGCUGUUCUCACUGCUCUUGGUCUAUUGGCCCAUCGUCGUAGUAAGCGCCUUGGGCUUCUACCUCGUCCGGAACUAUACCUUCAAUGGACUACAGAAGUACCCUGGACCUCCUGGAGCGGCAUGGACCAACUGGUACCGCUAUGCUGAGAACCUCACGCGGAAGACACAGGAGCGACACAUCAAGUGGCACCGCAAAUAUGGCGACGUCAUCCGCCUGGGGCCCAACGUGCUCUCGUUCGCGGACCCUCGAGCCAUCAAGACAAUCUAUGGCUUGAACAAGGGCAUGACCAAGUCAGACUUCUACCCCGUCCAGCAAGCAGUAGCGAAAGGCGUGCGACUGCAAUCCCUCUUCAGCACCAAAGACGAAGCAUACCAUGCUCGCUACCGCCGCUGCGUCAACAACGCUUUCUCCAUGAGUAGUCUAGUCGGCUACGAACCGCUCGUCGACAGCACCACGGACGCCUUCAUCGAGCAGACGCAGAAACGCUACUGCGACACAGGCAAACCUUGCAACUUCAGCAGAUGGCUGCAGUUCUUCGCCUUUGAUGUCAUCGGCGAGAUCACCUGGAGUAGGCGAAUUGGGUUCGUCGAGCGCGAUCAUGAUGUUGAUGGGAUCGUGAAGUUCAUUGGCGAUUUUCUGAGCUAUGCUGCGCCGGUUGGGCAGAUGCCAUUUUUGGACUUGAUCUGGUCGAAGAACCCGCUUCUCUUGCGGUUGCAGAAAUGGGGUGUCAACAACUCGGUGUUCCCAGUUACGAAGUUUGCGCUGGAUCAGAAUAAAGGGCGGGCGGCAGAGAUGGAGAAGAUUAAGCAGGAUGGAAAGUUGGAUGAGGAAUCUGGGAAGGGUGUUGAUUUGCUUAUGAAGUUUACUCAAGCUCAACACGACCACCCCGAGUUCAUGACCGACAGCCAAGUCCUUGCCUCGUGCACCAGCAUGAUCUUCGCCGGCUCCGAAACCACGGCCAUCAGCUUGAGCGCAGUAUUCCACAACUUACUGGAGUACCCACGAGUCUAUAAGAAACUCAUGGACGAGCUCGACCAAGCCACUCAAGACGGCACCAUCGCCGACAAGACGAACAACAAAGUCAGCUGGUCCGAAGCACAGAAGCUGCCGUAUCUCGACGCCGUCAUUCAGGAAUCUUUGCGAGUUCAUCCCGCGGCUGGCUUGAUUUUAGAGCGUGUGGUGCCGCCGCAAGGUAUUCAGAUCUGUGAUGUCUUCGUCCCGGGCGGAACGAUUGUUGGUUGCAACGCGUGGGUCCUGCAUCGCCGGCCAGAAGUGUUCGGGCAGGACGUCGACACUUUCAGACCAGAACGAUGGAUCGAAGCCAAGCCGGAUCAACUGAAGGAGAUGAAGGCCACGAUGCUGACGUUCGGCGCUGGGGCGAGGACUUGCUUGGGCAAGAAUAUUUCCUUGCUCGAGCUGUACAAGCUGGUGCCGACCUUUUUGCGAAACUUCGAGAUCGAGCUGAGAGACGAGAGCCUCUACAAGCAUUACGGGGCCUGGUUCGUCCGCCAUCUGAACUUCAAUACCGUUUUCAAGCGGAGGCAGGGCAUGGCAUGA